AGUUUCAGUAGGAUGAAUUCCAGUGGUAAGCGGAAAUUUAGUGAUCAUGUUGACAGUGAUUGUGCGAAGCGAGGAGUGUGGCUCGUGAAGGUGCCGAGAUAUUUGUCUGAAAUGUGGGAGAAGAAUGUCGGCCACGAUGUUGGACGAUUAGUAAUCAAGGCAGCAAAUGGAAAAACUGACUUGGUGUUUAAAAGCAACACAACGUUGCUUGAAAAGAAUCCAUCAGGUCAUGACAAAGAGGCUUCAUCGUCGAACUCAUUUUUGAGCUCACUAUCUGGGAAUAGCCUCUCCGCAUCACGAAGUAAUCGAAUUGGUUUCGCAAAAUGUAAAGAAGCAAAUUUCACAAUGCCAAAUGAACACAGCUUCGUCAUCGGCGAUAUUAGGAAUCAGUCGCUAGCCGUGCUCUGUGAAGAUAAAAGUGGCUUGAAUGAAGAUGCUGAUAUAUGCUCCGGCCGCUUAAGUAUUGAAGGGCGAGUUGUGAAAAGAGCCGACUGUAGGCCUCCUCAAACAGCUGAUUAUAUGCGAAUGAAAAUAAAACAAAUAGAGAAGAGCAGUCAGCCAAAGCGGCAUGUAAAGCAAAUGGAAAAAGCUGAAGUGAAAUUCAAGCCUAUUGCUGUUCAUGCGGAAAUGCAGGCUAGAGAGAAACAGAAGAAGGAAGGGGCAAAGACAGUUCGGGCUGAUAAGGAUGUUGUUCGACAAGCAAUAUUUCAUGCUUUUGAAAAACAUCAGUACUACCGAUUGGUCGACUUACAGAAACUUACCAGUCAGCCUCCGGGAUUUGUUAAGGAAAUAUUAACAGAAAUCGCUGUGUAUAAUACAAUGCCACCACAUAAAUCAAUGUGGGAGUUAAAACCAGAAUAUCGAAGCUAUCGUAAAGAUAAAAAAGAAACUGAAUAACAAGGUAUUUUUUAUACGGGCUCAAUGCAAAUGGUGAAAUGAACGUAUCGCUAACGAGUCAUAUUUUUAUUUAUACUGACGCAUGGCUAUCAAUAGACCCAGUAAAUUCAUCUUAUUUCGGUGGAAAUUUCAGUUUAAAUGCGUCAAUAUGCUUAGAUGUGUUUUGAUCACUGUUACCAUCUCUAACUAACAAACUCCUGGGAAUGUCUGAUUGACCUGUCUUUUCUCUUUAGUGAAACUAAUGAGUUUCACUUAUGAUGAUCAUGUAGAAAAUGCCACUUCAUAGUUCUGCUCAGGCCGUGCUUAUGUUAAUACUCGUUUAAAAUGCAUCAAUCUGAAAAUCCUUCAUGACGAGAUAUUUGUGACCGGAAAUGUCAUUAUGUGUACUUUAUUCCGCGUUCAUACUACGUCAAAACUUACGUUCAGAUUUUGCGUUGGAAUACAUAGAUUUUGUAGUCAUACAACUAGAUUAACGAAAUGAU